UAGAUAGGGUUAUAGUUCCUGUCUUACUUAGAUACCUCGUUCCUCCACAGUCUCCUGGAACAAUAUAUAGGACCGACAUCUGUUGAGAGUGAAGUGAGACCUAUGGAGUUGGCGCUAGCCCCUGAGUUCACAAUAUGUCCUGCAGGAGAUUUUACAUUGAAUACCCUUAAAAAGUUUGGUAUCUCACACUUUGGUCCUUGGAAGCAAAAUAUAACAAAUUUUAAUAAUUUGACCGAGGAACUACAAGUUCAAAAGCUGAUGACUCUAAAGCUAAAAGUGAUAAUGGACAAGAAGAUGAAAACAUUUAAGUUUCGGUUCAACAGAAUAACCUGGGAUCCAAAAUGGACGGGUUAUAUACCAGCAUUAUGCUUCUCAGGAAAACUAGAAAGUAGCAGUUUUCAACUGUUGGGUUACAGUAAGGACUCCCCAAUCCAGGUGUUUGUUCGACGAAUGGCAUUUCAGAUGAAUUCAACAUUUCCCUUUCUACUUUACUUAAGGCAUCAAAACCGGUUUCUGAAGACAGUGUCAAGUGGUACACGGUAUCUAUCAGAUCCUAGCGGUGUCAAGGUGGUUGGAGUAGACGUGGAACAAUUCUUUGACAUCGUAAAACCAGGAGACCCGACUUCUUGUUCUAAUAUGUUUGAUUAUGACAAGUGCGUUGAAAAAACAAGAAUGGAAAAGCUCCUGACUGAGCACACCUGUCAGAGUCCUUUCUUUAAUUGGUUUAAUGACACACAAGUAACCUACUGUAACACGUCAAUGAAUGACCCCCUGACAGAUCUUGAGGAUGAAAUGCUGUAUAAUUGUGAGAGCUACUGUGGACAGCCCUGUAAUGUAACGAGGAUAUCAACUAUAUAUUAUGAGGACGACCCUAAAAGUACAAUGGAGAAGAAUACAAUAGUGUUAGAGCUGCCAGUAAACCUACGGAUUCAGAAAGUUGUUGUCAUGUACGGAGAAAUCGAUCUGUUAUCAGAUUUCGGAGGUUUCAUGGGUCUAUACAUUGGGGCUUCACUCAUGACAGUUCUAAUUGGAGCAGUGGAUGUAUCUGUGGUGGGGGUCAGGAAACUUAUCGAGAUUUGUGAAAAGUAUUUUUAAACACAUUUAAACAUUUUAAUUGGAUUAAUUAAAAUAAAUGUAAUUAAUUAUA